UGCCACCGCCAACAGGCAGAGCACCGAGUCGUGGGGGAACGGGCCCCGACUCCAGCCUGCAGCGCCGAGCCCGGGAGGCUGCUGCUCAGGCAGGAUGAGUACGUUUGCAUGCAGGCUGGAGCGUAGCGGGGACUGUGCAGCCCCGCGCUUGCUGGCUGAGCCAGGAAUGAGAAGGAAUUCGAGCUUUUCCCCCAAAAUAAAAAUGUUUCCAGAUUCAACCACUUCCUCCUCAGCCAGGAGACUCCCCUCCAAUGCUUUUAAAAUACACAGUGUCUGCCGCCUUCUAACCAGAAGAUCUCAUGGAUUUUACACAAAAGAUGCGGGUAUCGCUCACAGAAAAAACAUGGGAAUCCUAAGACAGCUAGUGUGUCAGGAAAAUACUAAAUUCAAGAAUGUUUGGACAACUCAUUCCACAUCUCCUAUUGUGUAUGAGCAGGGAAGAAUUUAUUUUGACAAUUAUCGGUGCUGCGUGAGCAGCAUUGCACAAGAGCCAAGAAUACUUUAUCAAUUGCCAUCAUGUUCUAAAUCAGAAAAAAUAGAGGAUGCAUUAUUAUUGGAAUGCCCAUUGGGAGAAAUGCUUCCCAACCCAUCAGACUAUAAAUCUUCGCUUGCAGUUUUGACUGCUCAUAACUGGCUCCUUCGUCUUUCUGCUAAUACUGGAGCAAUACUGGAAAAAAUAUACCUCCCACCCUACUGCAAAUUCAGAUAUCUGAGCUGGGACACUCCUCAAGAGAUGAUGGUUGUAAAGUCAGCUCAGCAUAAGUUUCCAGCAACAGCACCUCAGGCAAGCAGCCAACAAUCUGUGCUAUUCUUUCUUGCUGUAUUCCGAGUUCUACCUCUCAAAUUUAUUGGAAUGCUGGAGAUAAACAAAAAAAUAUUUGGAAACAAUGUGACAGAUGUUGCAGUUUCUCAUGGAAUGCUGAUUGUAAUGUAUAGUGUGGGUCUGAUCAGACUCUAUAGCUUCCAGACAAUCUCUGAGCAGUUCACAGAGCAGCAAUUUGAUUUGGGAUGCAAAUGCAACUGGAAUGGUAAAGUUGGAAUUGUAGGAAAGUAUCCAUUUGGCCUUCCCUGUAACAUAAAAAUAACAGAUACCCCACCUUUGCUAUUUGAAGUGUCUUCCCUGGAGAACUCAUUUCAAAUUGGAGGAUACCCUUGGCAUUACAUCAUCACUCCUAACAAGAAAAAGCACAAAGGAGUCUUCCAUAUUUGUGCUCUGAAAGACAAUUCUUUGGCAAAAAAUGGUAUACAGGAAAUGAAGUGCUGUUCAUUAGAACCAGACUGGAUAUAUUUCCAUCCAGAUACUUCAGGCAGAAUAAUCCAUGUGGGACCAAAUUUGAUAAAAGUCUUGAAGCUGAGAGAAACUGAAAAUAAUAAAUACCAGCAGGAAAUUACAGAAGAUUUUGUCAUAAUGGCCAACAGGCAGAACAAUGUGAACAACUCAGUAACUGUAACUGCUUCUGGCCGAGUGGUGAAAAAGCGUUUUAACUUGCUGGAUGAUGACCCAGAACAAGAGACUUUCAAAAUUGUGGACUAUGAAGAUGAGCUGGAUUUGUUAUCCGUUGUGGCGGUUACUCAGAUAGGAGCUGAUGGGAGAGCACACCUUGACUUUCACUGUAAUGAACAUGGGAUUCUACUUAAGAGUAUUCCAUUAGUGGAGUCUUGGGAUGUGACUUACAAUCACCAAGUUUACUUUGAUAGAGACAUUGUGUUACAUAUAGAACAAAAGCCUAACAGGAUCUUCAGCUGUUAUCUGUACCAAAUGGUCUGUGGUAGUGCAGAGGAAGAUGAACAUUCAAGCCUUGAAAAAGUGAAAAAAGUCUUUUGUAAAAAGGGGGAGAGAAUUUUUGAAUAUUUUAAGAGAGAAUGAGCUUCCACUGAGGCUUCACACUACAUGGACAUUGUCUCCUUAGUCUAGUCAAAUAUUAUGUUCUAAGCAUUGUGUUAAAAUGUGUAUUUUGAGCUUGAAUAUUUUAUUAUGGAGUAUUUUGCACAUAAAGAUGGUCAUUGUAUGUAUUUUCAUAGACUAUAAUUUAACUUCAUUUACCUUUUACAGUUGCUACUGGCUACUGAUUAUGAUAUUGUAACACAAAUAAUGAUCUCAUUUAUUGCUCUUGUCCACCAACUACUGGUAAUCUGAUUGAAAUACUGAAUAUCAGGCCCAAAGACUUACUGAUAUCCAUACUGUACUAUAUUUUGUUUUACUUACACUUAGAUCUUCUCUUGCAACUUUAUUUUAAAUUGUCUAUACUGUAAUAAUGUUUUUAGGAUAAAAUUUUAUAUAGAAUAAAAGUGCCAGAGUUGUUAUCAAGUCAUUUAGACAUGCGGGAACUGUGUCCUUCUGUAAAUUCCUCUUGACUGUGUAGAAACACUUUCUUUAAAAAAACCAAGUGUUUAGUAAUUAACUAAUUAUUCUUUCUUCUUUGUGGUACCCACUAAUUUGUUGUUCUAAUUUGUAAACAGGAUGAGGUUUAAUAAAGAGAAAUGCAAAGUGCUCCACUUAGGAAGGAACAAUCAGUUCCAUACAUACAAGAUGGGAAGCGACUG